AUGGACACUGAUAUCUCCUUGCAAAGCUCUGAUAAUGAGUUUUGAAACGACUUAGAGUCAGUGCCACAACUUACCAGUUUUCACAAGACGACUCCUAUUGAUUUUUCAUAUAAAAAAUCAUCUAAAGCGUCAAGUCCACCUAUAUCGCCUAGUCCAAACAGUCCGAUGAGAUUGAUAAGACUGGAAAAACAAAUUGACCAUAUGAGAUUAGCCAAAGAAGAAGAAAUGGAGGCUUUGAAAAUUAUUGUAAGAAAUAAUACAAGAAAAGAGCUCCAAGCGAAUGUUGAAGCAAUUAUUGAAAAGUUUCAAGAAGAAACGAAAGUUAUGAAGGAAGGAUAUGACGGUCUGAAGAUUAUUAUCACAAACAAAGAAAAAACCAUAAGCCAGCUUGGCGAAUACUUAUCUGAUCAAGCUGUCUUGAUUUCGGAAUUUCGCAUUGAAAAAUCAACGGAAAAAGAAGCUUCGUCGCCAGCUAAAACUUCUGACAAAUUCGAGACUCGUGAACUAAAAAAAGAGGUAAAGCUUUUAAAAGUCCAAUUAGAUGCUUUACGAGAAGUUUGUGCUAGUUGUCAAAAAGAUACUGACGAAUUUAAGAAAAAAAUGAUGGCUCUACAAGAAGAAAACGAUGCAAUGAGGAGAAAUCAUAAUAACGAAUUAGAAACAGUAAAAAGAGAAGCUAAAACAGUUGAGGAUGAGCUGAAUGAUGAAAUUGAUAGGCUAAAGUAUGAAUUAACGAAGUAUAAAGAAGAUGUCAACAAAGAGCUUGCGACAAGAGAUAUCAUAUCAAUAAGGCAAAAGUCAUUUAUUAACUCUCUUCAAGAAGAACUCAAAAAUGCCAAAAUUGUCUUACAGAAUCCAAGGAUCAGAAACAAACUUCAUGACCGGCUAAAAGACUACAUGGAAGAGCACCAAAAAGCUAUGGUUGAAACUAUAAGAACACCUAAAAAGACUCAUCCAGGAUCAAUGACAGCUACCUCGAGAAGGACUCAAACGGCUUGAGAUAUAAAACUGAGCCGCUCCAAAGGCCGCUCUUUCGAUAAUGAUACUGAUGAAGAGUCCUGCCUUAGCAAAGCUAUUUCGAUCCGUCCUGGCUCUAUUUCCAAGCGGAAUUCCAUUGACAACCAUUAUGCAGUUUCUCGCUUAAGUUCCUUGUAA